AUGAACUCACCAGUACGCUCUUUUACCCGCGAUGAAGCUGCGGCCACCUCACCUCUGCGCAACGCCUUUGCUUCAUCUUCCAUCAAACCAUUGCACAGUCCCUUUCUCGCUCGGCGUCUCCGCGCCAGCGGCCCUGACCAACGCAACCGCUCCAGCAACACGGCAAGCGAAUCACCUAGGCAACCCGAUGCGAUAUCUACGUCGAGCAGUACGCUCGUCAACGCCGAAAGCACUUCCGACUAUCAACCCUGGGAGGUGAGAUCCGAGUCUAACACCAGUUCUCUCGACUCGUUCGCGGAUAGUCGCGGUGGCGGUAGGGACACACCGACUCUGUCGGCUCUCGAGGAGAUUGGAACACUGCCUUCGAUACACAUCACACCGCUGACGAGACGUCCACGCACGAGCAGGUCCUCGUCGGCUUCUGCUCGAACCAUCAAAGACUCGACAAGACGCAGCGCAGACUCGGGCAGCGCAAGGACGCGCUCGGUGCGUCAGCUAUGCCCCGUCGACUGCCGCUGUUCUGAUCAGGACAUCGACCUCGGUUUGUGUCGGCGUGUAGUCGGCGAAUCCUCGUCCGGCUCCGAAUCUGGCUCCUUGUCGGUGGGUGUACAUCCGAUGCGGCAACGACAAGCGGGUGCCAUGCCCGCCUCAAGCAUGGACUCUAGCAACGCAGAGCUCUCCCAACAGUCUGCGCAUUCGCAAACAGGAUUUCGAUCGCAGGGCCGCGACUUUGAGAAGGAUCCAAUCCUCGUUCCACGAUCGGCGCGGUCUCGAGCAAAGGAUACCGGCGGGCCUUCGCCCGACUCGAACCACCAACGUUCUUUCGAUCAGCUUCAAAGAGGUCUCGACACAUUGGAGAGCAACGAAUCAGACGCCGAGAGCGAUGCAGAUCGGGCUCAGGCUGCACAACGACGCGCAGAGUCCAUGGCACGCUGGACUGCUCGUCGAGCUUCCCUCUCCCACACCAGCAAUGAUCGUCAGUCGCCUCCUGCCAAACUCGAUUUGCCAUCCGAUGUUGCUGCCACCAAAGCUUCCCCGAUCCAUUCUACAGCACGAUCCCUCGCAUCGGACGCAUCCAUAUCCCGACGAACGCCCGGCCCGAAGCUCGUCGAGAAGGAAGACUUUGGCACCCCGAUAUCCUCAAGCAGCAGCCCGCUCAAAUCGACUCCAGGUCGGAAGAGUAUCGCCGCAGUAUUCGAGUCGAUGCAAAGGGAGCGGGAAGCGCGCGCUGCCGAAGAGCACAGGCAGUGGCAGGAGAAGCAGGUGCGUAGGGAACGUGAACGAGCUGCUCGCGCUUUCGGCGCCCCCUUGCGGCGAAGGUCUUCCGCGACGAGUUCUCAGUUUGACAGUCCUGUCUCUGCGUCCACGACGGCGCCGGACACAUCGCCAAGCCAGGGCCAGGCAACCGCUUUCCACUCGAUCGCAUCUCGAUUCUCUCCAAGUCGUUCUCCGGCCAGCGUCGUCAGUGCUUCGCCUUUGCUAUCGAGCCCUGGUUCUCCAAAAGUAGACGAGGGUGCCGCUGCGGAUGUCGAAUCACGUCAUCUACGCGAGGAAGCGGCUGAACGAAUCCCCGAGACUUUGGCCGAAGACGACGAGGUCGACGACCAAGACGUCGUAGACGAUGUUCUGCAACCCUCGCCAUCAGCAGCACCUACAACACCUCAAUCCAAACCCACAACCGCAUUCGCCUUUUCCUCCCAGCCAAUGGCGCUCGACCUAUCCCCCGUCCGCAGCGUCUCCGACAUUUCCAGCGCCGCCUCCUCGCCACGCAAAAACGCGCAUCGUCGACAGAACACCAACACCGUCAGCGUCGUCGCCCGCCUCCCCACCGCCUCCGUCGGUGCAGCUAGGCAGAGACUCAACCACGUCCUCGGUCAAACCUCAACACCUCCAGUGGAGAAAGUUGAGCCGCCGCUGGAGUUCCCACAGACGCCUGUGGGUGGCAUCUUGUCAUCCGCGAAGAAAGGUUUGCCGCAGUUAAGCGCGGCAAGGCGUGGUCACAGUGUACGGUUCAGUCCGAGACCGGAUUACAGGUCGGAUUCGGGGUCGUGGGAUGAAUCACAGACGAACGAUGGGGAAAGGGAGGCGGUGGUGGAGAGAUUGUUUUUGCCGAGCAAGGAGAUUGUUAUUCCGGAGGUGUUGGCCGGGGCGCCUGUGCCGGCGCACUUUUCAGUCGGGACGAACGAGGAGGAGGAGGACAAUGGAGAAGAGGAUUCGAGUGUGGAGGACGAGGAGCGAGAACGAUCGCCGGUCAGUCAACCGCAUAUAAUCUCACCUCGGGCUAGCACCGAGCCUGCAGCAGCAUCUUUCUCUCAAAGCGUGCGGUUUCCUGGGGCCUACGCAGCGACUCCGACCAAGAACUACUCGAGACACAUCAUCCGACCGAGCCCAAAGAUCGAACGCGUGCUACCGGACGUUAUUCCGGCUGCUGUCACCCGACCUCUCUCUUCUGCCGCAAAAGCUUUCGGCUUGUUUCCAGCAUUCGACCCCUCGGCAGACCUUGCAUCGUCGAUCCCGCGAGAGUCGACACCACCGCCAUCGACGUCGUCGUCGAGCUCAAAGAUGCUGGCCCCCAACGAUCCGAGAAACUCGCCACGAUCGCCGAGACCAGUGGAUCUCGGACGCGAGCAAUUUGCACGAUUCGAUGCCGGAUCCUCUUCGUCUGUUUCUUCAGGUGAGGAUGCGAGACAGGUGGAUGCGAAUACAGCGGGAAACGGGCAGGUACGCGGACGAGGUGGGCAAGUGGAUGCUACAAUAAGUAGGAUCUUGCAGACGGUAUCGGAUGCGCACGAUUCGAGGGUGAGGAGGAUGCAGUUGGGACAGAAGUUGGAUCGGGUGAAUGAGCGUAUGGAUUGGGUCGCGGCUAGGAAAACGGAAGAGAAGCCGUCGCCGAGACCCCAGCGCAUUGCUAAACGCGAGUUCGAACAGCAAGACGAGCAAGAUCGACUGCGUAUGGACGAAGUCAAGACCGACGUCAUGAACGCUCUGGCCGUUCUGGCGGAUCGAAUUGUUCAACUUCAGUCCUCCAGUCAGACCCUCGACACGGCCCUGGGUUCGACGAGCAACGCCACCUCGACGACGAGGAGUGGACUUUCGCGCAGGACGAGCUUGCUGCUCGUGCUCCUUCAAUGCAUCCUCAUGGCGUGGUUGCUCGAAAGUGGUGAGAUCGAUGCUGAGUGA